AUGCGACUCACUGACCCCACUGUCAGGUUGAGAGAAGCUAUUAUUGCGGGGAAUCUGCUGAUAGUGAAGAGAUUACUAAGAAGAUUUCCUGAAUUACUGACUAAUAUAGACCCUUCAAACGGUUGGAGUUCUUUGCAUUACGCUGCCUUUUACGGUAGAUAUUUGAUAUGUGUCCAUUUGAUUCAGUUAGGCCAUGAUAAACAUGAGGUAAUAAAGACAUUCAAAGGAAAUACGUGCGUACAUUUAGCUUUGAUGAACGGACAUGAACAAACUACUCAUUUACUGCUGCAACAUUUCCCCAGUUUCAUCAACCAAAGGGGAGAAAAUGGCAAAACUCCUGUUCACAUCGCUUGUAUCCACGAUUAUAAUCAAUGUCUGAGUCUUCUUAUGGGUGUAGGAGCAGAAUUAACUCUUUCUGAUGAAAAUGGGGAGACGCCACUUCAUCUAUGUUUGGAAUAUGGUAGUUACCAUUGUUUGAGAAUGCUCUUGACAUAUGAUACUUCGAUUAAAGAUGAAGACCAAUUGAAGGAUAAUUAUGACUGGAAACCAAGUGAUGUUCCAGAGACUUUUGAAUUUGGCAAAAUCUAUAAAAAACUUCAAAAAGAGCUGAAUCAAAAGGAUAGCCCCAAAAAACCAAGCUUUCCUAACUUCAAAACGCCCAUUUUGGAUUCUAAAACCUUAUACGAUCCUAGUAGAUCGCCUCCUUUAAUGACAAACUCCUCAUAUACUUCAUAUUCCACAACAUUGACUCCGUUCACUAAAAGCUCUCGCAGUAGAAAGACAUCUUCUGUUACUCCCGUGGCUGCGAUUCCAGCUUUCACUUCAAGGGCUACCAGAACAUCUUCUUUAGUUGAUUCCAAUUCAAGCAUAUCUUUGAAAACUCAAAAUAGUGAAAACAACAAUACGCCAAAUACGGCUGAUGUUUCGCAGUUUGAAGAAAGAAAACCUCUGGAUCAGCAGCAGAAACAGUUAUCAAGGACUUUUAUCAAAUAUAUGCCUCAUAGUGAUGGAAAUGAAGAUGAAAUCAAGUUUGUAAGUGCUACAGAUAAUAAAGACAGUCUUAUUAAUAUUGCAACUUCACCAAUUGAAAAAAGGCGUACGUCAAGAAAACUUUCUCUACUAAAUAUUCCGAUUUCAAGGCUUCGACAUGAUAAUAAUAGUUGA